CCCCAAUCAGAUCCCUCAAAUUCCGAAUCGAAAAUGAAUAUAUUUCUACCGUAUACCAUUAUACUGCUGCUGAUGAUCCUCCUCCGCAUAACGAUUGCCCGUUCGAUGAGCUUUGAUUUGCCCUUCUAUGGUUACGACUCGUACCUGGACACCUAUUUGGACAACACCAGCGAUGAUAUAUCCUCCUCCGAUGAGGUCAAUUGCGAUCGGGAUGGCAAUGCACCGCCGGCUACAGUGGAGCCCUCUCCUUACCUCGGCUACCAACCACCAACCCAUUCGCCGCCUUACCAGUCAAAUAAUUCUCCCUCCUCCUCAUGUAGGGAUCGGGAUAACUGCGAUUCUAGUUCUAGCGAUAGCGAGUCGAGCAAAUCACGGCUAAAGGCCACCCACAUUGCCCAGAAUGCCGCCCAGGUGGCCAAGGCCGCCAAUGAGGCACAGGCGGCGGCCGCCCAGGAUGCCUCGCGUCAGGUGAAGAUGCAAUUGGCCGACAAGGCCAUCUCGGCCGCCCGACAAGCCGAUGCCGUUUUGGAGGGUAAGAAAUCCAUUGUCGAGAAUUUCGCACGGGAAGUUCGGGACGCCGAGGCGGUUGUGGAGCAGGUGAGCACUUCCCUGGAGUGCAGUGAGUCGAAUGUGGAAGCAGCCUGUGCGGCUGCCAAAACUGCGGAGGCCCAAGUCCUCACAUUCAGAGCCCUGGUGGAGCAGACGAGGGCCAUCAUGACGGAUGCAGAUGGCCUGAUCGAAAAGUCCAACGCAGAUCUGGAGGAGAAGAACCAAAUGUUGAUGGCCGCCAAGGCGCGUGGUGAUCGAUUGGCCCGCCAGGUGGCGCAAGCCAAGUCGGAAUACGAGCAGGUGAAGGAGGCGGCCUGUCGAGCGGCCUCAGCUGCCGUGGAGGCCAAGCAAAAGGUGACGGCUCCCAGCCAAAUUCUGCCCCUGAGUGGAGGAAGUGGAGGUGGAGUCUGUCUGCCGCCCCCCACCACCCACAAGACGGGGGGGUGUGGCUAUGGCCCCGAUAGUAGCACCUGCCAAGCACUCCUCGAACUCUACAGGCAGCGACGCCGGCAACAACAGCGCUUGCGGCGAGAGAAGCUCCGGAAUCGGGCGAUUCGGGGUCAAGGAGAAGGUCAGUCGUCCAUGUUCGAGGAUCACGAUCCCUCCUCCUUCGAUCUGAUGCACUCUAUCUAUUAAUUGGGAUCACCGAUGGGACAUUCU